AAAUUAUCACAGUCUAUCUUCUCGAUUGGAUUAUAUGGUCAAUCGGGCCUCGUCCAAAAAGAGGGCCCAUUGGGCCACGGUCCUUAAUAUAUCUUUUAUUCUCAUUUUCUACACGUGUCAACUCCUUAGAUCUCAGAUAUGACUGUGAAACAGACACCAUUACCACUGACAUCGAAACGCCAGCUACCGCUCUCUCUCUUUCUCCGACCUCCCCGUAACUGUAGCAAAACUCGGACAACCCCGAAAAUCAACACCCUGAUUCGUUGCUCCUCAUCACCGUCACCGCCCAUGGACCAUCAGCAUCAAGCGAAGCGAGUCGUGGUUUGCGGCGGAGGAGUCAUCGGCGUCUGCGCGGCUUAUUUCUUAGCCAAAAAGGGUGCCGCCGUCACUCUCGUCGAGAAAUCCUCCGUGGCAUGCGCCGCGUCUGGAAAAGCCGGCGGCUUCCUCGCUCUUGACUGGUGCGACGGCGGGUCCCUCGCGCCCCUCGCUCGCGCCAGUUUCAAUCUCCACCGUUCACUUGCCGAGGAACUCAAUGGUCCCGAAUCAUACGGAUACAGACCCGUAACCACUCUCUCUGUCACAGUAACGGAAUCGGAAGCCCAUCAAUCCGGAUUCAAACCCGUCGAAAAUCACCGUCUCCCUUCCUGGAUCGACGGCCCGGCUGGGAGCCCAAGAGAAAUCGGGUCGACCCAGACGACAGCCCAAGUGCAACCCCAGCUUUUUACGAGGACUCUGUUGUCAACAGCUAUUGAGAAGUAUGGGGUGGAGGUGGUGAUAGGGAAAUUGGAGCAAGUCCAGGUGGAGGGAGGGCGAGUCGGCUCGGUGGUGCUCGAGGGUGGCCGAGUAAUUGAGUCGGAUUCGGUGGUUUUGGCACUGGGGCCAUGGUCUGGUAAGUUCCAGCUCCUGGCAUCGUUGUUUUCAGUGUACGGGCUCAAAGCUCACAGCAUCGUCUUGGAACCCAGAGAAUCUGGUGCUAUAACUCCUCAUGCGCUUUUUCUUAGUUAUCUACCUUCUGGCGGCGGCAAAGCCAUGGACCCUGAAGUUUAUCCUCGUCCGACCGGUGAGGUGUACCUGUGCGGCAUGUCAUCGAGGGAGGAGGUACCGGAUGAUCCGGAGCAGGUAACGGGUAACCCGGAAGCCAUUAGCGUGCUGAAGAGAGUUGCGAGGACUGUGUCGAGCCAUUUAAGUGAAGAAAAGGCAGGAGUUAAAGCAGAGCAAGCUUGCUUCUUGCCCUGCACGGAAGAUGGUAAUCCAGUUAUCGGGGAGAUCCCGGGCGUGAAGGGUUGCUACGUGGCCACCGGACACAGUUGCUGGGGAAUCUUGAAUGGUCCGGCCACGGGAGCUGCUAUUGCGGAACUUGUAAUGGAUGGUCGAGCCACCAUUGUUGAUGUUUCUCGAUUUAGUCCGGCCCGAUUUGCGGGAGGGAGAACUGGGAGGCGAUAGAUUUUGCGGAGAGGAUUUGUUUCACGAAAUCGUACCAAAAAAAAAUAUAUAUAUAUAUAUAUAUAUAUAUAUGUAUGUUGAAGAAAGUCGGAAAUUAAUAAGUCCGGCCCAUUUAUCUGUUUGUUUCCCGA